AUUUUUUUCUUCUCUUACAAAAUUUUCCUUUGUAAUUAAAAGGUAACUUUUAGUUUAAUUCUAAUUGUUUCUACUGGAAUUUAAUUGUUUUAUUUUCCAUUUUAAUGUUCCUGUGACUGGACUUGGAUUGGAUUGGAUUUCAUUGGAAAAUAUUCUCUGGAUUUGGUUUCUUUGCGCUUUGUUUUCUUCUUCUAUUGUUGGUUUGGUGAUCAGUGUUUUUUUUUUGGUUAUUUGUUUUUGGGUUUUUUGUUUGUUUUUUAGUAUUAUGAGUGAACAUAAUAACAACAACAACAAUGAAAGUGAUACUGAUUAUGUUGGACUGGUUAAUGAGAUAAAAGAAAUUGUUUUUAAUAAUCUUACACAAGCGGGUAGGAAAAAGUACAACGAGAAGUUAAGGGUUGACUUUGAUAGGUUGGUCAACCUGAUUGAAAAAGGUCAACGUAAACAUGAGACUGAAGAUAUGAUUCUUAAACGUUUGGAUGAGAUAGAGAAAAAGAUUGAAAAUAAACCUGGUCCUGGUGGUACUUCAGGAGGUGAUAAUUUAACUGUUGGUGGAGGUGGAAUUAAUUCACUUGAUGGUUUUCUUAAUGAUAAUUAUUUAUCACCUUCUCUUGUUGAAAUUACUUCUUCCAAUUCAUCUCACCAUCAUCAUGGUAAAUUAUUUCAUGGGUCUCACCUUCUCACUGGUUCCAAUAGUCAUUUCCAGAAGGUAUUAAACUCAUGGUAUGGAGUAUCUAAGCAAACCUGGAGGUGUAUUUAUCGUGCUCAUACCCACGGAUUUUCAGCUGACUCUUUCCAUCAUCACUGUGAUAACAUUUCUCCCACUUUUACCUUGAUCCUGGGUCAUAAUGGUGACAUUUGUGGCGGAUUUACUGAUGUCCCUUGGUCAAUACCUGCCGAUCCAAAAGGCCGUUACAUUACCUCAGAGAAAUCUUUUCUAUUCAGUUUGAUUAAUAGAGAAUCAACGGAUCCAAUUAAAUUUGAUGUGAUUAAAAAACGUUUUGCAAUCGUUCAUCAUCAAAGAUACGGACCAAUAUUCGGAGGUGGAGCUGAUCUUGCAAUAUCUGAUAAAUGUAAUUCCAAUAUGGAAAGUUACUCAAAUUUACCCCAUUCUUUUGAUGGUGAACAUGCAAAUAAUUAUAUACUCAUGGGCGAUUAUCAUUUCUGUGUUAAAGAUUAUGAAGUAUUUACUCUGUCCUCUAAAUGACAUAAAACUCACAUACAGUAAGCGUACAACCAUUUUGGUCAAUUGCAAUACAACAAGUGGCUAAUACAAACAAACACUAAAUUUAAACGACAUACUCAACAUGAUUUAUAGCUCAAAAAUAUCAACUCAGUCAAACAAAUUAACCGCAGAGUGUAACCAAAUACACCUAAACAAUUUACCAUGGACCAUGUACAAAUUUCCACCCACUCAACUUCCUUCUUGUGGCAAAUCUGGUUAAUACUCUAAUCAACAACAAUUAAGUCUCUACUAUUGGUAAAUUUCUACCUCAACCUACCUUAAUUACUUCAAAACGAUUUGAAAUCAACUGAACAUCUGAUUAUCGUCACAAUAUAAUAAUUCAUAUUCUGUUUCACCAACUCAAAAGCAACAACAAAAAACUUUUCAACCUCUCCAAUUGAAUCAAUCAAGUCAAUUGUUGGAAAGUGAAUUGAAAAUCAUCCGUUUUCAAUCAAAAGGAUAAAAGAAAAAUGGUUAAUGGUUAGAUAACUUUAUCAAGUUAAUUUAAUACCAUUUAAUAUCUUUACCAAAUUACAUCUUAAUAUAAGACAAAAAAAAGUGUCACAUCAAAAGGGAGACCAUAAAACCGUAGCAAAUGUUGUAAACCCGAUUAGAUGCCAACCAUGUCGACGAAGAUGAAGAAAAAGUUAAUUACAAUUAACUUUACAUUGUGAUCUUCAGCCCGUUUAAAUUGUAAUUAGUAGCAGACUAAUACACACUAACAAUUUGAAAUCGAACAAAUUAAACCAGGAAAUUAAUUAAGCAACACAAAUCAAAUCAAAUGUACCAUUGAUGCUCAAAGAUGGUUAAUUAAUUAAUAUCACCAAGACCAAGUUACAAUCAACUUAUAAUUUUUUUUCCUACUCACUAUUACUUCAAUAUUCACAAACAAUUAACAAAUAUUACAUAACCAAUUGAUUGUCCAACUAAAAAGUUUUCUUAAUGGUUGGAAUACAAAUCACUGGAUACAAACAAUCAGCAGGAGAUAAACAAUUUAAUACCAGUAAUCAAGUGAUAAUAAACAAACAAUCAGUUGACAAAAAAAACAAUUUAUAAUAAACUUGUUAUCAUGUCACAAAUAUUUUUUAAUAUUUGGUUUGUAUCAUUUGUACAAUUGUAAUUAACAAUUAUCAUUAUUGA